AUGUGCUGCAUGAAUCAUGACCUCUGUUACGACAAGGCAGUUCGCGAUGAUGACUGCUAUGACACGGCUGAGGAAUAUCUACUUCCAUAUAACUGGAAAUGCAUUCAGGGACAAUCCAUCUGUUUGAAUUAUGUAAAUUCAAAAUGUGCUAGUGCCAUAUGCGCUUGCGAUAGUGAGGUGGUCAAAUGCUGGAGUCGUUUCGAAAAACCAAAAAUUCAUGCAAAAUGUACCAAAAUGAACAUCAACAAAUAUCAUUAUCGUCAGCCGUUAUUCGAUUUCUUCUCCUUACUUCGCUCUAAAAACGGAAUAGUGUAG